ACUCACUGAGGCCUGUAAUAACUUUCAAACAAGGGCUAUGCUUCUCUCACCAUGAUCAACUCGCCUUCACCUUGUGUUUCUCCAACUGCUUCACUGAUCACGGCUCGUUAGCGUGCACUAACGCCCACGGCUUGUUUUACUUACCUUUCUAUUUGAAAAGCCUUCUCCCCUACAAUACCGUCAGCAGGGCCAGAGCCGGCUUCGAUAUACACAACUGUAUGAGGAACAUGGCUACCAUAGACCAAUUAUCCGACCUGUUUACCAUCUUCAAGGAAGAGCCUGCGACAACACAGCAGCCUGCGUCUACGGAUAUCAGCUUCGAAUUUCCAAGGCGCGAAGGCUAUGAGCGCAAACUAUCCAGGCCGAUGAUGGCUAUGAGGGCUCGGUAUGCAAGUGCCAGGACGAGCAUGCCCCAUCAAAGCACGACUAUGGAUCCUACCAACCCAGCCACUGGACCAAAUGCAGAGCCUACCUUGGAUCCCUCAAAGUCUGGAGAAGGAAAAGGAAAAGCCCCGCAGAAGCAUACAGGCUCUGACUCAGGAACUCACGGCUCUUCGACACCGUCCGCAACACCGGCAUCAUCGGCAAGCUCCAGCAGCCCGUCUGAUCUUCUGGAACACUAUUAUCGCGCCGAUCUCGGUUGGGGUUCGGGUAUUGCAGAGUGCAUGAGUGAGUUCAAGAAUCAUUUCACUGAUAUUGGAGCCCCUCUGCCUGAACCUGAUUUCACCGCGGCCGCGCUUGAGUUCCUCGAAGAAUACCGCGAGGACCAGAGGAUGUCAGGAUUUGUUAUCACCUACCUGCGCAAGUUCUUCGCCACGACGGAAGAUUUCGACAAGUUGGAGAAGGUCCCCAAGUUCGGAAAGUUCCUCGAACUCCCUCUUGAGCUGCGCAAGCGCAUCUACGAGAUAGCCCUGUGCACAGGUAAAGAGAUCCAUCCCAUCCUAUGCGACCGCCAGCGCAACGGUAGCAUCAAGUUUCACGACGAAAACGGACACUCCCGCAAGAACCCAAACCACAACGCAGUCUCCAAGCUCCUCGGCGUGACCCGGACCUCGAAGCAGCUCCGCGAAGAAUCCCUGCCAUGCUUCUACUCCGCCAACACCAUCACUGAUACCAAAGAUGUGACCACCUACUUCGCAUACCUCUCGCACCUCAACCGCUUCCACAUGAUCCGGCAUGUGCGUCUCACCAUCCCACUCCUCACCGAGCGAUGGGCAGCCCAGCUCCUCGUGCAAAUGAACACAUAUGUCAAAGACGUCGAGAAAUACGACACCAAGCAUGCAACAAGCGGUACCAAGUUCACUCGCACAUAUCUCGUCAACCACCCGCGCUACAUUGCCGGCGGCCUGGAUUCCAUGAAUCUCUUCAUCGUCCUGCGCAUGCUAACCUCCACCUACCCCUCCAACACCGACGGCUACACAUCUUCCCUCACCCUGCCCGUCCCGUCCAUCGCGUCCUUCACCACCUACCAGUGCCUCCGCUACUUCCCACUCGUAUGCCACGGCCUCGGCAUGCACGUGCGCUAUCUCGAGGGCCACGAAGUGGUGCAGAACAAAGUGCGCAACAUCACUAUCGACUGGCAGCAGAAGUUCCAGAAGAAAGGGUUUGGCGCGGGCGAGGAGGGUAAGGUCGAUGUGGAUGUGCGCAAGCGCACGCUGGAGAUGUUUCCAGAUGUGGAUGGGAGGGAGUUCCGGGUGAAUAAUACGCAGUAUUAUCGCACGAACUGUGAUGGAGAGACGCUGGAGUGGUGGAAGGUGCAGCAUCAUGGGGAGGGGAGUGGGGUUGUGGAGUGA